AUGUCCAAAUUAAUUUUAGUCUUAAUUGCCUUGUUAUCAGUAUCUUUAGUAUUUGCUCAAGAUAUUGAAAUUAGAAACUCUGUUCUCGGUGAGAAUGGUUGUGGAGAAAAGAAGGCAGCCGUUGGAGAUAGAGUUUCAAUUCUCUACGUUGGUAAAUUAGAGGAUGGUACUAUUUUCGAUGCCUCAGAGAGACACGACAACAAGCCAUUCGAUUUCAUUGUUGGUGAGGGUAAAGUCAUCCCAGGUAUGGAUCGUGGUGUCGUCGGUAUUUGUGAAGGUGAAACCAGAGAGUUUUACAUUCCAUACCAACUUGCUUACGGAGAAGGUGGAUUCCAAGAGGUUAUCCCACCAAAGGCUAAUUUGGUAUUUGAAGUAACUGCUGUUGCCAUCGAAAAGCUCUCAGAGAUUCCAUUCAUCUACCGUUUCAUCCCAACUCCAGAAACCAUCGGAGCAUUCCUUAUCGUCGGUGUCUUUGUCACCAUCUUGCGUUACGUCAUGCAACGUUUCCAACCAAACUCUGAAAUCAAGAAGCCAAGAACCAAGCCAGAGAAGAAGGACAAGAAGGAAAAGACCCCUAAACAAAAUUAA